AUGCUGCCCCGCACGAACAGCAUCGGCGGCGCGACGCACCCGCGCUCCUGCGUGACCUGCCGCAAGCGCAAGGUCAAGUGCGACAAGCGCAACCCGUGCAGCAAUUGCACAAAGGCGAAGAUCGAGUGCGUGUUCCCCAGCCCCGGGCGCGCGCCCCGCAAGUCGAGGAAGCCGCCCGACGGCGAGCUGAUGGAGCGGCUGCGCAAGCUGGAGGGCGUCGUGCAGAGCUUGAACGCGCAGGUCGAGGAGGAGCAGCAGGCGCAUGGCGGCAGCGGAGAGGGCGCCAGCAGGCAGGGCUCCACGGCCGAGGGCGACUCGAAGCCGCACUGCCCCAUGGGCGCCGAGUCGCCGCGGGUGGUGGUGGAUAAUUCGGUCGAGGGACUGGAGAAUCGGUUUGGGCGGCUGGUGGUGGAUCAGGGGAGGAGUCGGUAUAUAAAUAACAGCUUUUGGGCGAGUCUCAACAAUGAAGUAUGUUGCGCAGUCGAAGACCUCAAAAGCAUACUCCUCGAUCCCUCCGAGCAGGAGGAGGAUGCACUUGAUUCUCCCGAUACGUCGACCUCUACUGCCGAUCAUCAGAGCUUUCUGUUCGGAUACAGCUCUUCCAACGUCAAUAUGCUGGAUUUACACCCUUCCCCGGAGCGAUUAGGCACAUACUGGAAUCUCUUCAAGGAGAACGUCGAUCCGUUGGUCAAAGUGCUGCACGUACCCACCAUCGAACCUGUGAUACUGGAGGCGGCAACCCACCUGGACAAGAUACCAAAAGGCCUCGAGGCCCUUCUGUUCGUCAUAUACUACGGAGCGGUGACCAGCCAGAUGCCGAAGGAGUGCCUCGAGAUAUUCGGCGAAGAGCGGUCGGUCCUACUCAAAAAGUAUCGCUUUGCGGUCGAGCAAUCCUUAGCUCGAGCCAAUUUCCUAUAUUGUGACGAAAUCAUCAUUCUUCAGGCCUUUGUACUCUUUCUCAUGCUCCUCCGACGGAACGACGACGCGAGGAUUAUCUGGACUCUUACUGGACUUGUUGUACGCAUUGCACAGACGCUCGGUGUGCAUCGAGAUGGAAGCCAUUUCAACCUGCCCCCGUUCGAGGUCGAGAUGCGGCGACGGCUAUGGUGGGAGGUCUGCAUCUUAGACGCAAGAGCCUCAGAGGAUCAUGGAUGUGACCCAACUAUCGUCGAAGCGCAGUUCGAUACACAGAUGCCUCUCAACGUGAACGACGCGGACCUUGAUCCCAAUAUGAAGGACUUCCCAGAGAGCCGGAUCGGGUUCACGGAGAUGACAUUCUGUAUCAUACGUUUUGAGGUUGCGAAUAUCUUUCGCCGUAUUCUCUACAUUCCCCCGGGGCCCAAUCGGUGCAAUACCUACUUUGCAAACCUGACUAUUCCAGAGAAGGAGAAGUGGAUUACCGAAUGCCAUCAGCGGCUGGAAGAAAAAUAUCUUUCAAGCUGUGAUAUGACGAUUCCUCUGUACUGGGUGACGGCAACCAUCUCUCGACUGGUCAUGUCAAAGAUGUGGCUAGUGGUAUACCAUCCACACCAACGGAAAGACGGGGGUGCUAGUCUCCCUCAGGAAACCAAAGACAAGCUCUUCAUCACCUCGCUGGAGAACAUCGAAUACGCCGCCCUCCUCGAGACCGAAGCCCGCACCAUGAAAUGGGGGUGGCUAUUCAGAACCUACGUCCAAUGGCACGCAAUCGCCUUCCUCUUAUCUGAGCUCUGCGUCCGCACCAAAGGCGAGGCUGUCGAACGUGCCUGGAGAGCCCUUGAAAAGUCCGCGAGUCGGUGGUGGUUCCCACUCGCCAGCAACCCCGAGCGAAAAGGACGACAAGGGUGUCUCUGGAAGCCGCUCCGGAAGCUGAUGGCAAAAGCUCGAGCUGCUAGGGAACGAGAGCUGGCCCUUGAGCGCGCCGCAGCUAACCUCAGGACCCAAACCUUGCCGUUUGCAGACCUCACCCAACUCCCCACCCCCGUUUCCAUUUCCGUGGGAACCUCCCACCAGCAGCUGGAUGCCAUGCUCCGACCAACUGCUCCACGUCUGGGAGACAACCCCGUUGCGCGCCAACCGACAAGCUUACCCGCGACCAGCCCGCUAAUCCGCAGCCCCGUCAAUGUCGAAGCGCAGAAGUUCCAAGACCUGUCGAGCAUGGGCUUCGACUGGCUCAUGACUGACGUCAUGGGCGACAACAUGAUAGGAGAACCACUGGCAGGCGAUUACAGCGACACCACCGGCCUACCGACACUCGGAAACGGGAAUCCGAGUGUCUUCGACACAAGCCCGAACGAGAGCUCAAACCACAGCUCAAACUCCCCAUUCCGCUCUCCAGUCAUGGAUGACGGAUCUGUCGACUGGGCCAACUGGGACGACAUGGUGAGGGAGUAUGGAAUGGAGGUUGAUCCUAAAGCUGUCAUCCCGGGCCAGACGAUCAGCACGGGGGCGAAUCUUAUGGGGCUGCCGACGUGGUUCUGA